GGAUGCUCGGCAGACUGCUUCUGCACGGUCUCUUUGUCUAAAGGAUGCAAACAGUCUAUGGAUGCUAGAGAAAAAAGGGUGGGGGAGAGAUUACCUCAUCCCACGUCGCUUGCACCAAUCACCAGUCUCCUGUCAUGACUUCUCUGGGCAGAUUGGGGGUCUGGACCAACAGGAAAAGGCCCCAGCCCAUCCCCAUGGUGACCGAGUUGUAUAUAGGGAGCCGCAUCCGCCCAUGUGCCGCAGGUUCUCUUACAUCGACCGCCUAAGAGUCGCGCUGUAAGAAGCAACAACUUCUCCUCCUCGUCUCCGCCAUCUGCUCGACAGCCGCGAAGCAGCAACCAUGCGUGAGUGCAUCUCCAUCCACGUCGGCCAGGCUGGUGUCCAGAUCGGCAAUGCCUGCUGGGAGCUCUACUGUCUGGAACAUGGCAUCCAGCCUGAUGGCCAGAUGCCAAGUGACAAGACCAUUGGGGGAGGCGAUGACUCCUUCAAUACCUUCUUCAGUGAGACGGGCGCUGGCAAGCACGUGCCCCGGGCAGUGUUUGUAGACCUGGAACCCACGGUCAUUGAUGAAGUUCGCACUGGCACCUACCGCCAGCUCUUCCACCCGGAGCAGCUUAUCACAGGCAAGGAAGAUGCUGCCAAUAACUAUGCCCGAGGGCACUACACCAUUGGCAAGGAGAUCAUUGACCUCGUGUUGGACCGAAUUCGUAAACUGGCCGACCAGUGCACUGGUCUCCAGGGCUUCUUGGUUUUCCACAGCUUUGGUGGGGGAACUGGUUCUGGGUUCACCUCCCUGCUCAUGGAACGGCUCUCAGUUGAUUAUGGCAAGAAGUCCAAGCUGGAGUUCUCCAUCUACCCGGCGCCCCAGGUUUCCACAGCUGUAGUUGAGCCCUACAACUCCAUCCUCACCACCCACACCACCCUGGAGCACUCUGAUUGUGCCUUCAUGGUCGACAAUGAGGCCAUCUAUGACAUCUGUCGUAGAAACCUCGAUAUCGAGCGCCCAACCUACACUAACCUGAAUAGAUUAAUAGGUCAAAUUGUGUCCUCCAUCACUGCUUCCCUGAGAUUUGAUGGAGCCCUGAAUGUUGACCUGACAGAAUUCCAGACCAACCUGGUGCCCUAUCCCCGCAUCCACUUCCCUCUGGCCACAUAUGCCCCUGUCAUCUCUGCUGAGAAAGCCUACCAUGAACAGCUUUCUGUAGCAGAGAUCACCAAUGCUUGCUUUGAGCCAGCCAACCAGAUGGUGAAAUGUGACCCUCGCCAUGGUAAAUACAUGGCUUGCUGCCUGUUGUACCGUGGUGACGUGGUUCCCAAAGAUGUCAAUGCUGCCAUCGCCACCAUCAAGACCAAGCGUACCAUCCAGUUUGUGGAUUGGUGUCCCACUGGCUUCAAGGUUGGCAUCAACUACCAGCCUCCCACUGUGGUGCCUGGUGGAGACCUGGCCAAGGUGCAGAGAGCUGUGUGCAUGCUGAGCAACACCACAGCCAUUGCUGAGGCCUGGGCUCGCCUGGACCACAAGUUUGACCUGAUGUAUGCCAAGCGUGCCUUUGUUCACUGGUACGUGGGUGAGGGGAUGGAGGAAGGAGAGUUUUCUGAGGCCCGUGAGGACAUGGCUGCCCUUGAGAAGGAUUAUGAGGAGGUUGGUGUGGAUUCUGUUGAAGGAGAGGGUGAAGAAGAAGGAGAGGAAUACUAAAGUUAAAAUGUCACAAAGGUGCUGCUUUUACAGGGAAGCUUAUUCUGUUUUAAACGUUGAAAAGUUGUGGUCUGAUCAGUUAAUUUGUAUGUAGCAGUGUAUGCUCUCAUAUACAAUUACUGACCUAUGCUCUAAAACAUGAAUGCUUUGUUACAGACCCAAGCUGUCCAUUUCUUUGAUGGGUUUCGAAUAAAGUAUUCCCUGUCUUAAAUGAA